AUAAAACGUGAGGUCUGGUAAAGAUCGGCUCUGCAUUGAGUCACCUUUCAAGGGGAAGGCAGUGCCAUUACCUUCCCAGUCAUUCAUUACUGCAACCGGUACAGCCUGUAAAGACCAGUUAUCAUCAUGGAAGAGUCAAAGAAACCACCUGAGAAUGUUGGGUUUGACUUGCACAUGUUCCAGAGGCUCUUUAAGUUAGUGAGGGUCAUCUUCCCUGGUUGGUGCUCCCUACCAACCACCCUUUUCUUCCUCCUCUUCUUCCUCUGUGGUUUAGAACAGUUCCUGGCUUACUAUGUGGGUCUGGUGCCGAGUGGGUACUACGUUGUGUUUGAAUCCAGGGACAAGGAAGCCUUCAUGUAUUACACCUUGAGAACACUUGGCCUCUUUAUAGCCAUUUCUGUGGUGAUUACUGUGAAGAAGUAUGUAGACAGUGUCUUGUACAUCACGUGGCGACAAGUGAUGUGCCGUGCCCUACAUAGACUCUACUUCUCAGGUAUCAAUUACUAUUCCAUCAACAUUCUGCGUGGGACCAUUGACAACCCUGACCAGCGUAUGGCCCAGGAUGUGGACAAGCUGUGCUUUACCCUUGCCUCUAUCACCAUCAAGGUCAUCAUUGCUCCCUUCCAGAUUGGCUACUACACCUACAAAACAUAUGAUGGGACUGGCUGGAUGGGAACCCUGGCAGUGUACAGCUUCUUCCUGGUAGCCACUGUUACAAACAAGCUUGUCAUGUCACCCAUUGUCAAAUAUGUCAUGGAACAGGAAAAACGUGAGGGCAACUUUCGGUUCAAACACAUGCAGGUGCGGGUGGAUGCCGAGUCCAUUGCUUUCCAGGCAUCUAGUGCUGUGGAAUCCUUCAAGACCAACAACUCUCUGGACAGACUGAUAUUAGCACAGCAAAACUUGUUUGACAGGCAGAUAUUGUUGAACCUGAUUGGCAAGUUUUUUGAUUAUCUGGGCUCCAUAGUGUCUUACUUGGCAAUUGCUGUACCUAUCUUAGGUGGGCAAUUUGGUUCAGAUGAGGAUGUCUCUCCCAUCAUCAGUGCAUAUUCGUUUGUGUGCAUGUACUUGGUAUUCAGCCUCACCUCCCUGAUGGACCUCAGUAACCAGGUUGUCCUUCUGUCUGGAGUAACCCACCGUGUUGCCCAGCUGGCAGAACAUCUGAUGCAACUGCAGUGUGACUGGGACACUUCUAGCAUACAGGCAUGUUCCUCCUUCACUAACAUCAUCCACAGCAUGCGCCGCCAUCCGGGUUGCAGAUCCUCAACUAGUGAGGCAAGCAAGCAUCUGUUGGAGUCACCUGAGAAUGAAAGUGAAGUCACCACAAUUGAUGGGGAUCAGACAUCGCUGAGUGUUGCCUUCAUCUUGCGUGAUGUUGACAUCUGUCCCCCAGGGUCCAAUCAGCCUCUUGUGACUAACUUGGAUCUGGAUGUAGUGAGGGGAGAGAACCUGCUCAUCAUGGGUCCUAGCUCUUCAGGCAAGUCCAGUCUACUGCGGGUCUUGCGUGGUCUAUGGCCAGCCACCCGAGGAACAGUUGCCCACGAUUUCCCUCCUGGACCCAAGACUGUUCUAUUCCUACCACAGAAGCCUCUCCUCACCAAUGGCUCUUUGAUAGAGCAGGUGAUCUACCCACUGAGGCUGGAUCCACAUCAUCCCUUGACAAGGGAAGCCUGUGAUGAGAUUACAGAACUAUUGAAUACACUUCACCUGCAGGGACUUCUCAGUCGUACAGGAGACCUUUACACUGACCCCAACUGGAACUGGAAUGAUGCAUUGUCGCCCGGGGAAAUGCAACGAGUGUCUUUUCUUCGGCUUUUGUACCACUGUCCACAGUUUGCUCUGCUAGAUGAGGCUACCAGUGCUUUGAGCUUGGAUGUUGAGGAACAGCUGUACAAUGCCUGCUUGGCUCGUAAUAUUACUCUGGUCAGUGUGGGCCACAGGCACUCACUUUUCAAGUAUCACACCACCCUGCUCACCCUGGAUGGCACUGGGGGAUGGAGUAAAGAACCCAUCACAAAGUGUGCUGCUGAUGAAUCUGUUCAGUGAUUAUUUCAUAGAUUUUUCUUUUAAUAAUCAGGAUGUAUGUAUUGAUUAAUCUCAAGAACAUAAUUAUCACACACAGGUGCUAUGUCACUACUCACAGCCUUUGUAGGAUGUGCCUUAGUAGUACCAAAAGAAUGAUUUAACAAGCUCCUCAACAGGAUCCUUUUAGCUUACAACAUGUGCUGUAUGGGCACAUGGUGCCAUAUGAAUAGUGUAGUGUAUA